AUGGCAGAUGAUAUUUAUGUUGUUGAAAAGAUCAUUAGUCGAAGGGUGACAGAAAGUGGACAAGUGGAAUAUUUUUUAAAAUGGUUUGGCUAUGACGAAGCUGAUGCAACAUGGGAGCCAGAAGAGAAUGUGUUCUGUAAAGAUUUAAUUGAACAAUACGAAUACCGAAGAAAAAUUAAUGACGAAUGUAAACAAAUACUCGAGCGCAUCUGUGAUGAAGUUCAAAGUUCAUUGGAAAUAGCAACACCUGCGUCUCCAACGGCGACUGGAGAUAGUGAGGAGCAAGAGAUUAAUGAUAACUUCUUGAAAACAUUUGAUCGAAAUCUCAUUACCGAUCUCUUAUCAGAUCAUAGUCUCCAAAACGAACAAGAAAAUGGUGGUUCCGGACUUGAUUCCAAGUAUCAAUGUUCGAAGCGAUCGAACACUACUCCAUUAACACGAAAGAAAAAGCUUCGACCAGCGUCUGUUGAAAAUAUUACCGAUGAAAUUCCACCACAACCGACCAAUAUGGACACCGAACCAAUCGACUAUCUUUCUCUUGGACCUGAACGUAUUAUUUCGAUAACUCGAUCGCGAACUGCUACACAUGAGCUGGAAUUUUUAUUAAAAUGCACACGUUGCCCAUCCAAAUUGUACUUUAUACCCAAUGACAAAGCAAAAGAACUCAUACCAGACUUAUUGAUUGAUUUCUACGAAAGACACAUCAACUGGUUUAUCGAUCGGCCAUCUUCGAGACAGAAAUUACAAAAACAAAAAUUUUGA